AUGGGUUUCGACCCGGCCAAGCCCGCCAGGGUUGAAGAACAAGGCAACACCCGCGUCGAGCUUCCGCCUGACGCGUAUCUUUCGGACACUGCCAAGUCCGAGUUCACCCUCAGAGGCACCAAGUACAACACGGAGGGCAAGCCAGCCCAGGUUGAGGUCAACCAGUACCGUCUCAAGGCGUUUGACUUUACCAAGAGGAUCUACCAGUACGACGUGACCAUCUCGCCCGACAACGAGAAGAGAAACGUCAUCCUCAAGAAAGUUUGGACCCACGAGACCACGAAGAAGGCCCUUGCGCCCUACAAGUACCACAUGUGGAUUUUCGACGGCAGAAAGCUGGCCUGGUCCAGCACUCUUGUCGAUCGUGGAGAGCUCAGAUUCACCGUUGACCUGGACGACGGCCAGCGCCCGCCUGGUGCUCGCCCGCGCGAGGGAGGCCAGUUUCUUAUCAUGAUCCGGCACACCACGCAGGUCAACAUGAACUCGAUCCAGAGCUACCUCAAGAAGCAGGCGUCAUUCGACACCAAUGUUCUCGAGGCCAUGAACUUUCUGGAUCACUUGAUUCGACAGUACCCCUCUCAGAAGUUGCUGUCGAUCAAGCGCAACUUUUACGAGAUGUCGGAGAGAGGCCAGCCUCUCACCGGCGGUGGAUCAACAAUCGUCGUCCACAAAGGCGCCUACGCAUCCAUCCGCAUGGUCAACAACCUGACCUCGGGCGGAAUGGGCCUUGCACUCAAUUGUGAUGUCGCCAACACCUGCUUCUGGUUCGGCCCGGAGAGCCUGGACACAGUGGCGCUUCACUACCUUGCCUCCUGCGAUCGGCGCAAAUGGGGUUCCUUGAACCCCAACACCAUGGCCAGGGAGCUUUGGCCGGUCAAAUGGGACACUGGUCAAUGGGCGUCGUCGGAUGCCUUCAAGCAGCUUCGCAAGUUGCGGCGCCUUCGCUUCAGGGUGGACCAUCCGAAUCGCAAGAACCGCGACAAGGUCUAUACCAUUCAAGACUUCGCCUUUGAACAAAAGUAUGGCGCCGAGGGCGGCAAUGCGAAGAACGUCACCUUUGAGUACAACGGCAAGGAGACUUCGGUGGCCAACUACUACGCUCAGAAGUACAAGGCUCACCUCAAGUUUGCAAAUCUGCCACUCAUCGUUGCAGGCAAGGGCGGACACAUCCCCAUGGAAUUCGCCAUCAUUGAACCCAUGCAGCGCUAUGCGUUCAAGCUCAACCCCGACCAGACGGCUGCCAUGAUCAAAGUGGCCGUGACCCGCCCGCAACAGCGCAAGGCGGACAUUGUUCACCACGCGUCCAAACUCAGGCAGGCCGAGGAUCCCUAUCUCCGCGAGUAUGGCGUCAAGUUCGAGCCGACCUUUGCCAAGACGGAGGCUCGCAUCAUCGCGCCGCCUCGCGUCGACUUCUCCCAGGGCAACGCGGACCCAAGAUUCUCUGGCCGCUGGGACCUCCGCGGUAAGAAGUUUUGGCGACAAAACCUUGCGCCGCUCGCAAACUGGGCCUUCAUUGUCAUGGAUGACUGCGUCAAUCUUCCGCAGCUCCAGAGCUUCGCCAAGACCUUUCGGUCGACCUUCCUGGGUCAUGGCGGCAAGUGCCCCAACGACGCAAUGCUUCUGAACCUUACAGGACAGAUGAAGUACAACGGAGCAGACGCCAUUGCCUGGGCGCAUAGCGAGGUCACCCGUGCUCGUGGGUAUACCCAGCUGUUGUUUGUGGUUGUCCAGCACAAGAACAGCCCCCACUACGAGCGACUCAAGAAGUCGGCAGACUGCCGGUUUGGCAUCCUCACUCAGGUCGUGAAUGGAGAGGCCGUCAAGCGCAACAACGGCCAGUAUCACUCCAACGUCUGUAUGAAGGUGAACGCCAAGCUUGGCGGCGCCACGUCGCGCACGACGCCUCCCUGGAAGACGGCUCAGACGUAUUUCCCCAAGGAUCGUCCGACCAUGAUCAUCGGCGCCGACAUCUCGCAUACGGCACCCGGCAGCAAUGCGCCUUCGACCGCCGCAAUUACCAUGAACGUGGACCGCGACGCCACCCGCUUCGCUGCCAUGGUGGAAACCAACGGAUACCGCACCGAGGUGCUCAGCCCCGCCAACAUUCGUUUCAUGAUGCAAAACCUGUGCAAGCAGUGGCAGGCGGGACACGAGGGAUCGUAUCCCAAGCACAUCAUCUACUUCCGAGAUGGUGUCUCUGAGGGACAGUUUGCCAAGGUCCUCCACCGGGAGAUUGGCGAGAUCAAGGCCUACUUCCGUGACAACAAACCGGCCAAUCCCAACCUCGAGUUUCCCAGAUUCACGGUUGUGGUGGCUACCAAGCGACAUCACAUUCGCUUCUUUCCGCAGCAGGGCGACAAAAACAGCAACGCCCUCCCCGGAACACUCGUGGAGAAGGAGGUCACGCACCCCUUCAUGUGGGAUUUUUAUCUCUGCUCUCAUGUGGCGAUCCAGGGCACGGCUCGCCCCGUCCACUACCACGUUCUUCUGGACGAGAUGAAUGUGCCUGUCAACGAGUUUCAGAAGAUGAUUUAUCAUCAGUGCUACUCGUAUGCACGCUCGACGACCCCCGUGUCGCUGCACCCGGCCGUCUACUACGCCCAUCUCGCCGGCAACCGCGCCCGCGCCCAUGAGAACGUGGCGACCAGCGAGGGAUUCCGUGCCGGCGCCAAAGGUCAUGAAAUGAUUCGUGACCAGGUCGCCAAGGGCGUGCACAUCGGAAGCAUGCCCGAGGGUACGGAAGCCCCGCCUCUUCUUACUCUCGGCGGAAAGCCCGACCAGGGGACGGGCAUAGUCGAGGGCGAGAUGCGCCAGCGGGAGUUUUUCCGCGGCACCAUGUGGUACAUCUAA